GAUCGCCGACAAGUCCCAACCUGGCCGCUCCCUACAAUCCCCGUCCUACCUCAACCCGCGUGCGUGUUCGAAGUUCAAACCAUGAAGUAAUCAAUCAAUGCUCGCCGGCGGUCGCCAUCCCCGAUUUUAUUUCUUGGCAGCCCGGAUGAGCAUAUUCCAUUCCCCCUACAUAUCCCCCGCCUUCUUGCCUUGACCCAUCUUUAUUUACUGGUCACGAAAUCGAACAAGCGAUCCCAUUCCCGUCCCCGGAGUGCAACCUCCAAGAAGCCGCGACAGGAAGGAAGCCAAGAACCAGAGCGGCGCGGAGCAGAGGAGGAGGAGGAGAGCCCCGCGGGAAUGGGGCUGGCCAACCGGAUCGGCGCGGUGGCCCUGGCCGUGGCCUGCGCCGUCCUGCUGCUGGCCGUCGCGUGCCGGGCCGGCCAGACCAGCGAGUACCGGCGGCUGCUCGGCCAGGCCAUCGACAUGCCGCUCGACGCCGACGUCUUCCGCGCUCCGCCCGGCCACAAUGCGCCGCAGCAGGUUCAUAUCACACAAGGCAACCAUGACAGCACAGCCAUGAUAAUCUCAUGGGUGACAACAGUUGAACCUGGAUCAAGCACAGUACUUUACGGGACUUCAGAAGAUAAUCUCAACUGUUCUGAAAAGGGAAAGCAUUCGCAGUAUACAUUCUACAAAUAUACCUCGGGAUACAUUCAUCAUUGUACAAUCAAGAAGCUGAAGUUUGACACAAAGUAUUACUACGCCGUUGGAACUGAAGAGACGCUGAGGAAGUUUUGGUUCAGGACCCCUCCGAAAAGUGGACCAGAUGUUCCAUAUACAUUUGGUCUGAUAGGUGAUCUCGGUCAGAGUUUCGACUCAAAUGUCACACUCGCUCAUUACGAGUCCAAUUCAAAAGCCCAGGCGGUGCUUUUCGUCGGGGACCUGACAUAUGCAGAUAAUUACCCAUAUCAUGAUAAUACAAGGUGGGAUACGUGGGCAAGAUUUGUAGAACGGAAUCUUGCAUACCAGCCUUGGAUCUGGACAGCUGGAAACCAUGAGAUAGAUUUCGCUCCUGAACUUGGCGAAACGAAGCCAUUCAAGCCAUACAGCAGCAGGUAUCACACACCAUACAAGUCUUCCGGUAGCACGGCACCUUACUGGUAUUCCAUCAAAAGAGCCUCAGCCUAUAUCAUUGUCUUGGCAUCAUACUCCGCAUACGGAAAAUACACCCCUCAGUACAAGUGGCUUGAAUCCGAGUUCCCCAAGGUGAACAGGAGCGAGACGCCUUGGCUGAUCGUUCUGAUGCACGCCCCCUGGUACAACAGCUACAACUAUCAUUACAUGGAAGGUGAAAGCAUGAGAGUGAUGUACGAGCCGUGGUUCGUGAAGUACAAAGUCGAUCUCGUGUUUGCAGGGCAUGUCCACGCCUACGAACGGACACAUAGGAUAUCAAAUGUUGCAUACAACAUCGUAAAUGGCUUGUGCUCCCCAAUCCAAGACCAGUCCGCGCCGGUCUACAUAACCAUCGGCGAUGGGGGGAAUCAGGAAGGGCUGGCCACCAACAUGUCGGAGCCGCAGCCGAGCUACUCGGCCUUCAGGGAGGCGAGCUUCGGGCACGCCAUCCUGGACAUCAAGAACCGGACGCACGCCUACUACGCCUGGCACCGCAACCAGGACGGCGCCGCCGUGGCGGCAGACGCCCUCUGGUUCACCAACAGGUACUGGAUGCCCACCGACGACUCCUUCGACGAUGUCUGAAACAAACGGUGGGAUGUUCCACGCUUCCUCGUUGAAUAAGCAUCGCCUCCGGCUCGAUAGAGGGUACUACGGGUUAGAGUCGCUGCUCAAUCUGUACCCCAAAAUUGUUUAUAGAGAGGGAAAAUUGCCGUGCGUGCAGGUGCAGCUGCAGGUCAUUACGUGCGAGUGAGCAAAAGACGCACCGAGUGGAUUGCAUUAGCUGAUUCUUGUAUACACGCCAGUAAUGAUUUGAUUUGGAGGCACAUCGUAUGUUGUGCUUUGGGGUGAACACACGUGAAAGAAAAUAGACACACAUUGAUGGUGGA